CGGUGUACUCUGUGAUUACUAUAAAUCAAAAUAUUUUGGUGAUGUUAUGGCAUAGAAUUAUAUUUUUCCUACGAUUCUGUGUCAAAAGGUACAAAAUUCUCACCAAUUAUUAAAUAAAAGUAUGUGUUAUUGUAUUAGCCACGCUCGCGUACAGUACGAAAUAUUUAUUUUAUAGUAUUCUCUGAAAUAUCACUGACCGCAAUGGAUUUCAGCGGCUGUUUUUUAAUUUUGUCAUUAUUGAUAAUAUACUCGUUUUUAAUUGUUGAAUCUAGCUCAUUAGCUUAUGACGUGCACUGGCUUGGAGGUGCUACAGUUAUUGAGCGGGAUGUGCCAACCUCAAAGCAAUCUGUUGACAUAUACUGUUAUCCUGGCACUUCAAAAAAUUUGUUUACUCUCUGGCAAACAGUUAAGUUUCACUUGAGAAUCAAAAAUGAUGAGUACAGACUGUAUGUGGGCAGCAGCCCUGAAGAAGUUUACAAAGAAUACACUGAAGAUAGUUACGGAUGGUCGGUCGUCAAUCCCUUUCAGAAGAAAAACCAAAAAACAGUCUCGUUGGACCUGUUCACACCCACAUGCAUGGCCAUCAAUACUAAACUGAGGCACAGUAUUGAAUUACAAAUUAUAAGAGUGGACAUUUGGAGGAUUAUACUCAUGUUCCUUGGUAUAAGCGUUAUAUUCUCUUCCAAAGCGCUAAGUGGUAAUCCAGUAUUUUUCUACCUAUGUGGAAUAUUUAUUGGAGUGUUUGCGUCCUUUAUGGUACUUGUAUAUUAUGUAAGCAAGUUAUUACCUAAGAAAACUUUAACAUAUGGCAUUCUGAUUGGCGGAUGGACGGUGGGUGUGUAUAUAUUCCAGCAAAUAUGGGAGAAUAUCCGCAGCAUAGUGCUGUCAUAUCAAACGUAUAUGUUCUGGUAUACAUUGGUGGUCAGCUUCGUUAGUUUCCUGGUUUGCUAUAGGAUAGGACCACCGAAAAACCAGAGGAGUAAGAACCUCGUCAUGUGGACUUUACAGCUUGUUGGUGUAUUGAUGAUAUUCUUCAGUAGCGAAUAUCAGGAGGCCUCCGCCGCUGUGAUAAUUACCUCUCUAGUCAUUAAGUACUUCCCCGAGUCAUUGUUGCGCAAAAUACAAGCUUAUUGGCGAAGAAAAUUCCCGCCAAAACCUCGUCUCCUAUCCAGCGAGGAGUACUACGAACAAGGAGCAAGAGAAACCAAGCAGGCGCUAGAGAACUUGAGGAAGUACUGCUCGAGCCCCGACUGCGCGCAGUGGAACAUCAUGCUGAAGCUGAACGACUCAAGAAGGUCAGGGUCUAUGCUGCCUGGCAGGUCCGGAUUCGCUAGUUUCGUGGAGGGCAACUCGCAUUUGAGCGAUGAAGAGAUACUGGACUACGAGUCGUACGCGUUUUCCCUCGACAGGAGCAGGAAGCCGGCGCCGGUGGCCAACUCGACGCGAAACCUUGAUAUAUCAGAUGAUGACUCCUCAGAGUAUGACGAGAUUUGAACUUCACUUUACCGGGAGGGGCGGGGGGAUGAUGUCUUUGAUUAUCUAUAUAUAUGUGUCUCUUUAUAUGAGCAUUAGUCCUCCCUCUCUAAAAAAAUACACCAAUGCUCCUAGUACACGCACUAAGGUAAUUAGGGCUGGAUCGAUAAUGUGAUGCUAUUAAAUGGUGUGGUAUUUUUUUUUAAACAAGAUGUUUCAUUUUAAAAGAUUCGAUUGCACAGAUCUCAAGUGUUUCAUAUUGUUAUUAAUUUUAUUGUUUUUAAAAUACAAUGAUUUGGCUUGAACUUAUAUUUAUGCGGAUUUUUCUCAGUUUAUGUAAUCGAUUUAAUAUUAUUGUUUGUAACUACUUAAUAUAGUUUGUACUAAUUGUGGAAGAAUAUAAUCUCUUAAUCAAUAUAUAUGAAUGUACAAUGUAUGCAAAGAUAUCCAGCUAUUAAACCAUAAAGGAUCUGAGAUGAAGAAUAUGAAAGAUGUUUAUUGCAUACAUGUUUCAAUAUGGCCUAAAUGGCUUACUGGAUUUACAAGAAUGUCAUUAGGUUUUAUUGUGUGCCAACGAGGGAUAUUUAGUUUAUAGUAAUUUUUUUUUUUUAAUCUAACGAGAGAUAAAUUUUGGUGUAAUUUUUAGUCAGGUCAUAAUAAGAUCCUUACAUGUUGCGAACCCAUAUGUGUCGAGCCAUUAUAUAGCUUACGCAAAGGGAAAAUUGCUCGUUGUCUUAUGCCGCUCUUUAAUUAUUGGAAAGAGAGAGAAAUAUAGGCUAUAUGACGACAGAAUAAAUAUGGUGGCUAUUGACAAAAAUAUAUUUUACCGUUUGUGAUUUUCAAUAUGUUGGUGAUUUAUUAUCAUUAAAAUAUUUUAUGCUCUUGAGAUCGAUUCUGAGGGAUCAUUUCUGUUAACAUUUUAAUUCGAUAAUUUCGUGAAAUUACUGUUUUGUGGGCCAUCAUAAAUGAAAUUUAUAUUAGUUUUGACUUAAAUCUAUUAGAAAUUUAGUUCAUAUUGGUUCUUGCAAUAAAGAUGUCUUUUUUAAAAAGAGAUUUUUUUAGAAAAAGAUUUAGUAAAAGGCUCUUCAGAAUCGACUUCAUUAGCUCUCUAAAAUUGAUAACAGUGGGUAAUUACUAUAUAGUGUCCUACGAAAAUAAUUUGUUCCUAAUAUACAAUAGUACGUUUUAGAAUAUUAUUUUUGUUUACCUGUCUUAAAGACGUGAGUGGUUUGGGUAAUUACUUCAAUCGAAUCUCUAGAAACUGAUUUGUUCUGUAAAUAUGAGCCAUAUAAAUCGACAGGGCAUAGCCAUGUGCCACAUAAGCGUGUUAUAUAUAUAUUUUUGGUACAACAAAUGCUAUAAUGCGAUGCCACGCGAAUUCUAGUUAACGUAUAUGAGUUACGAGCUACCAGUGUAAUUCUUAUGUUUUGUAGCCCUACUCUAUAUACUUUUUUUUUAAAUCUUCAUAAAUGAAUUACGUUAGAUAUUUAUAUAUAAAUUUCAUGUAACUUUAAGUCAGAACUUUAACUACAAUCGCUUUUUUUUCAUAAUGUACAUUUUAGACUUGGAUGACCGUGGCAAGGCAGUAUAUGAAAUAUAAGGUAAAUCUUUUUUGAUAUUUCAAUCUGUCAUAUUCCAAGAGGUCAUCAUAUCUGAAAUCUGUCAUAUUUUUUGAGUAUAACAGAUUUCAAUCUGUUAUAUUCCAAAAUCUUCUUAUUCAAAAUGUUUUCUUAUUGUUUAGUCUUUAAAAAUAUAAAAAAAUAUUCACUUCUUGUUAUAUAGACCUAAUCCAUGAAAUAUAUAGGGUGGUAGGGAUAGGUUGGCCAAAACAAAAACAGCUGAUUCAGAUGAAUUGUUUGAAUCAGAUAGCAGAUUAUUUUCCCACCGAAAAUGUACCACAGCCAAAACUAUUCUUAGUUUUGACGCCGCAAUGUAUUUGAAAUUUUACGAUACACACGACUCCCGAUAUCUACAUAGCACGGUCAAUGGUGUUUCUGCGUAGGUAGUUUCGUACGCUUGUGGCGUUGCCU